CAGAGUCGCAGCUACCCACAAAGCUCCCACCUCUCCGGCUCCGCUUCCCGUCCUCCAUUAUAACCACCCCCACAAAACCACCACGCAGAGAACAUUAAUGGACUACUCCGCAACCGCCUAAUUCCACCGUCCAUUUUCAAACCAAAAACCAGCCGAGCAGGGCAGGGCAGCGGCACCGCGCCUCGGAUGGCGGAAGCGGCGGCGCUCUUCUCGCUCUCCGCGGCCGCCGUGGUGGAGGACGUGCUGCGGGAGCACGGGAGCCGCCUCAACGACCGCGACCUCGCCACCCGCAGGGCGGACGAAGCCGCUGCGAGGCGGAACGAGGCGGCGGGGUGGCUGCGCCGCGUGGUAGGGGCAGUCGCCGGGCGCGACCUGCCGGAGGAGCCGUCGGAGGAGGAGUUCCGCCUCGGCCUACGCAACGGCCAGAUCCUCUGCGGCGCGCUAAACAGGGUGCACCCAGGCGCUGUCCCCAAGGUUGUCACGGCAGACUCGGCUCUGCAGCCGGACGGCGCGGCGCUGUCGGCGUUCCAGUACUUCGAGAACGUCCGCAACUUCCUCGUGGCGGCGCAGGAGAUCGGCUUGCCGUGCUUCGAGGCCUCCGAUUUGGAGCAGGGCGGGAAGAACGCCAGGGUGGUGAACUGCGUGCUGGCACUCAAGUCGUACGGUGACUGGAAGCAAUGCGGUGGCACCGGGGUGUGGAAGUAUGGGGGGAACUUGAAGCCGUCGGCUUCAGGGAAGUCCUUGGUGAGGAAGAACUCAGAGCCGUUUCGGAGGUGCCAAUCGAUGAGCGAAGCGGAAGCGCCCUAUGAAGAGGCUGGAUUCAAUGGCGAUCCUCAUCUUGAUUAUGGUGACAUGUCCAGGUCGCGUCCGCUGAAAAUGCUUGUUAGCGCGGUUCUGUCCGACAAGAGGCCGGAUGAAAUUCCUCAGCUCUUAGAGUCCAUGUUGAGUAAACUUGUCGAUGAAUUCGAGAAUCGAUUGAAUAGCCAAAAUGAAUUGGUGAAGGCAGCUCUGAAAAGUAGUACAGACGGCACCAAAUCCUUCUCGAAAGGCAAGGUCCUGGUCGAAACCACUCCGAAUUACUGUGACAGAAAGAUGGAUACGACAGAGAAUUAUUUGAAGCAUAAACAAACAAAAAAAGAAACAUUAUGUAAAGUGACAUUGAAGCAACAUUCAAUUCUCCAACAGCAGUCAAAGCAUGUUGAGGAACUUAAGGCCAACCUUGAAACAACAAAAGUGGGUAUGGAGUAUAUACAAAUGAAGUAUGUUGAGGAUCUCAACCUAUUAGGAAGGCAUCUGUUUAGCCUUGCACAUGCCGCCUCAGGUUACCACAAAGUUCUUGAAGAAAAUAGAAAGCUAUACAAUCAGGUGCAAGAUCUUAAAGGUAGUAUCAGGGUAUAUUGUAGGAUACGACCCUUCUUACCGGGACAAGUAAGUUCUUCCACUGUUGGCUGCAUUGAUGAUGGAAAUAUUACGAUUCUCACUCCAUCGAAAUCUGGAAAGGAAGGACGGAAAUCUUUUAGCUUCAACAAGGUUUUUGGCCCAUCUUCAACUCAAGACGAGGUGUUCUUAGAUACUCAACCCCUUAUUCGCUCUGUUCUUGAUGGAUACAACGUUUGUAUCUUCGCAUACGGCCAAACUGGAUCAGGAAAGACAUACACAAUGAGUGGGCCUAAGAUCAUGACUGAGCAAACUCAAGGGGUAAACUAUCGGGCACUUGGUGACUUAUUUAAGCUUGCUGAAAAAAGGAAAGGAACUUUUGUCUAUGAUAUUGCUGUGCAAAUGAUCGAGAUUUACAAUGAGCAAGUCAGGGAUCUUCUCAUUAAUGAUGGUCUCAACAAAAGGUUGGAGAUUCGGAAUAAUUCUCAAAAUGGACUUAACGUGCCGGAUGCAAGCCUUGUACGUGUGGCAUCUACAAUGGACGUAAUGGAAUUGAUGAAUAUUGGACAUAAGAAUCGUGCUGUGGGUGCCACUGCAUUAAACGAUCGGAGUAGUCGUUCCCACAGUUGCUUAACCGUUCAUGUUCAAGGAAAAGAUUUGACAUCAGGGAACAUUAUUCGUGGCUGCAUGCAUUUAGUUGAUCUUGCAGGCAGCGAACGGGUUGACAAGUCAGAGGUCACCGGAGAAAGGUUAAAAGAAGCACAGCAUAUUAACAGAUCACUAUCAGCCUUGGGGGAUGUAAUUGCUUCACUUGCCCAAAAGAAUGUACACGUACCUUACAGGAAUAGUAAACUAACACAACUCCUCCAAGACUCUCUUGGUGGUCAGGCCAAAACCUUGAUGUUCGUUCAUAUAAGUCCGGAGAGUGAUGCUGUUGGAGAAACCAUAAGCACCUUGAAAUUUGCUGAGCGUGUUUCUACAGUUGAACUUGGUGCUGCUCGACUUAAUAAAGAAUCCGGAGAAGUUAGAGAGCUGAAGGAGCAGGUUUCUCGACUCAAAACAGCAUUAGCAACAAAAGAUUCAGGAUCGGAACAAAACAUUACCCGACACAGUGAGGCAUUUAACACGAAGACGCCUUCUCCUGGUUUUUCAAAUAGGCGACAGGGCAGUUGCGAUUUGCUGUCUAGCCAAACUAACUUCAGGCAACCAAUGGAGGAUGUCGGAAACAUAGAGGUUAGAUCCAAUCCUACAUUGAGACAAAAGAAACCAAGCUUUGAUCUUCAGGAUUUGUUGGCAUCAAAUGAUUCUCCUUCGUGGCCGGACAGCAAUUCAAGGGUAAAUUUUCAGAUGGGAGAAGAAAGAGAAACAGUUUGUGGGGAUUGGGUAGAUAAGGUUGUGGUGAACAAUAAUCACUCACUCGGUGAUUGGGAAGGAGACAACACAGCUUUACCUGACUUCUUUUACCAAAGAUACCAUUCAGGUAUGAGAGAUGAGCCGCAAAGACCUCGGUUUUGCUCGACAAACACCGAUGAUUCUGAUGACAUUGAUAUUGCAACGAGUGAUUCCUCAGAAUCAGAUGCACUAUGGCAGUUCAAUGUCCAAAGCAUGAAUAGUUCGGUAAUUGAGAGUGGAUCAAAGGUCAAGAGACCACAAACAAAGAUAAGAGAGACCUCAGAUACAAGAACACCAAACCAGUCUCAAAUACCAACAGCGUCAAGAAAACCAUCAAACGGACCAAACAGAUCUGGAAGGCAACCUCUAAGUGCUACCGAUGGGAGAAGGCUUUCAUCAAAUGGUAGACACGCUGGUACAAAGUAGGGACUGCAAAAAUGAUCUUCUGCAUUUUUUCCUGGCUUUCUUUCAACGCUUGUUUUGAGGGGUUGCGAGGUUGUUCUCAAGUACAGCAAUGAGUGACAAUAAGUCCAAUUGAUUGUGUCAGUGUGGUGAGGUGUGAUCUCAGCAGCUGGUGUGUGAGGCCAUUAGCCUUUUUUUAAUUGGCCUAUCAGGCUACGUUGAGUUUUUUUUGUAAUUCUUUGUGUCAUGUCCAUAGUAUAUAAUGAAAAGAAAGGAAAUGUAUUGACAAAAGCUGAUUUCUAAUUUCUCUCUUUGAACGCUUUCAUCUUUUGAUACAGGCUCGCUUUGAUUAUCUCUCUCAAA